GCGGACAUUAGAGAGUUAGAGGUGAUGGACCUAACUAAUCUGGAUGACGAUGUGAGGACCGUGAGGACAACCCUGUUAGAUAUAGUGGAGAUGCAGGACUACCACACGUCAUUCUUGCAGGACAUCCGACAGAGCCUGGCCGUGAUGGUUGGGCGAGUUGAGGUCGUACCAUCACCAUCAGGGCCCGGUGCCUGGCCAGUGGUACAACCUCCUCCUUUUGUCCCACCGGUAACUGGAGUAGCCCCAUUUGCAGUUUCUCCARCUUCGGUGCAGGCCGCUUUCCUACUGGUUAUGCCUUUGACAGGCGGGUUACCAGCAGGKCCUAGUGUACAGGUUCCUGUUCAGACAGUGYUCUCCCAACCUCCGUUGCAGACUGCCGUAAUAGGGCAACCUGCCGUCUCGCAGCCAGCACAGCCUGGAGUGGUGCAGGCAYCGGGACAGGGACAUUGGGUUCCAAAGACUGCCAUUGCAUCUCCUAACCCCUUCUCAGGAGAUAAGAGGGGUGAGGACCUUGACRCAUGGUUGAGGUUAGUGCCAAUCUGUGUGAAGUGCAAGUUGACCUUGCCUCACGAGGAAGUGUUUGUGGCUGCCUCCUACAUGGAGGGGAGUGCAACAAGGUGGCUAAGUGGGUACGUACAGCUACAAGGAUACGGUCAUGACUUUUGCGCUUGGGCAGUCACCCAUAAAUUUGAUGAUUUUCUCAAGCUGGUGGAGGAAAGGUGGCAUGAUCCAUUGGAGGCUCAAAAGGCCAUUGAUGUGAUCCCGACUCUGAGCUCAAGAAAGUUCAUGUCAGUAAGGGAUGUCACAAACGCAAUUGAGCAUUUGAUUUGUGUUUCAGGAGUGCACUAUGACCCCCAUGUCUUGCUCACCACUUACACGAGAUGUCUUCCCAUAAAACUCAGUAGUCAAUUGGCAGGCGAGGCCAUGAUCACAGUACACAACUUUCCUUCGUUCAGCAAGAAGGCCCUUGAUCUAGAGGCAAAGAUCGGGCAUGGGCACCAACCCACUACGGACGGUAGGAAGAAGGCACUGCCUCCUAAGGGGGGUAUUAUGUUCACCGACAACGAUGGUUCUACCAUAGAGUUGGACACUGACUUCCAGGAGGGAGUAGGGUCCGAGUCGGGCAGAGCAGAAGCUUUAGGGGGUGGAGCAGUCGCUCCUUCUGUGCAGAAAGGUAAGGCGAUCGGUAGACGGCGCGGAGGUUCCCGGUCCACGAGUCUAGUGGACCCCAAUGUUCCUCCAUGGGAGAAAGCGAGUCUUACAGAGGACAUGUGGAGAGCUCGUUACUCCCAGUCAGCUUGUAUUCGUUGUGGCCAAUAUGGCCAUAAUCAAUUCAAGUGUCGGAAUAAGAAGGCGACGGAAAAUAUCCUGCCUACGAUGGGACAGGUGUCGGUCUCCUCCACUUCCCAGGGUAGCAAUGUAGCCACCAGUUCUGGCACUGCUUCGGGAAACGUGUCCGACCAGUAGGAAUCGUAGUUGUUCUUACUAGGGUCGAUUUGGUGGACACACCCUCACCAUCUCGAGAGAUGGCCCAAGCUAUUGACUCCAUUGUCAUCUCGCAAACACAUUCGGACCAAUCGACCCUCUGUUCGAUGAAUGUGUUUGAGUCCUUAGAGGAGCUAGAGGAGGAGUGGUCUAGAUCGGACCCGCUAGCUUCUUGGACGGCUAUGGCAAAAGCUCCUAAGGGUGAGUUGUUCGUCGGCGAGGUAGAUAUAGGCGGCCGCAAGUCCGGGGCCUACUACAAUACUUGGUCGACGAGGAACUUUAUCAGUCGCGUGUGCGUUGAAAGGCUGCAUUUACAGGGGCAAGUGCAGUGCCUGAGUCGACCUGUGGAGUUUACCUGUGCCAAUAAAUAGUGCAUGGUAGU